AUGAAAGUAAAGCUUGUAUAUCGCGUUCUUCGCAAGAUCUCAGACUGGGCAGCGGAUGGUUUCUAUUCUGAGGUUUACAUCACUGGGGUAGAGAAUGUCCCUCGAGAUGGACCUUUGAUUCUCGCAUCUACACAUCACAACGAGAUUAUCGAUAUAGCCACACUUGCCGUAACCAUUCCUCAUCGUCGUCAACUUUGUUUCUGGGCCAAAUCGACCCUAUUUAAGAAUCCCAUUACUCGUGCCAUCCUAAUAUCCUCUGGUAGCAUCCCUGUCCAACGAAAUCCCAACAUCACCAGCUCAUCUGCAGAUCGUGCAUCUUCUACGUCGUCUUUGGCCCAUGCAGCGUUGUUUAGGGAAACAUUUACUGCUCUUGCAAGUAGCGAGGUUAUUGGAGUGUUUCCUGAAGGCACGAGUUAUACAGAGCCAGGUAUAGCGCAAGUGAAGGGAGGGGCUGCUUGGGCUGCUGUUGAAUUCACGAAGUGGGCGAAGCGACAGCAUGCUACAGACCACGACGUUGCCAGCAUGAGUGUGAUGGAAGUCGUCAUAGUUCCUGCCGGUAUUGUGUACACUGACAAGUCACAGUACCAGAGCCGUGUGUGCGUAAGGUACGGGGAGCCAAUUAUUAUUAGUCAUUAUACAAGCCAACUCGCUAUCGAUGGAAAUGACGACGACGAGGUUACGAAAGCUGUUGUCAAAGAGAUUACAGCAGAAAUCGAGAGGCGACUGGUGGCAUUAACGAUCAACUCUCCCGACUGGGAUUCUUUGAAUGCUGCACGAAUGGCUAGAGACAUACUUUGGGCAGACGAGGAAUGUAUAAAUUUGAAUAAGUUUGUUGAAAUAUCUCAAACCCUUGUCAACGUAUUUACAAGCUCAAACCUGGAUACCGAGACGUUUAUCCGCACCAAACGAUCUCUCAUAACUUAUCUCGCGCUCCUUCACUACACUAAUACCUACCACUCAUCAUUGGAUUCUCUCUAUCCUUUGUCUUCCACCUUUCGCCAAUCUUUGUCAUCCUCCCGUUCAGAAAAUCUUCCCACUGUUACCGAUGCAACGGCAAAAUUUCUGGCUCAACUCUUUUCAACGCUAGUCCAUCCUCGAGCGCUGGCUUUCAUCCCUGUAUUUGUGAUUCAUUUGCCCGCUUAUAUCCUUGCUCGACUGGGUGCACGUCUGUUAUCUCCUGAUCGCGAAGAGGAGACAAAGGCUCAACUCAAGGUGGUGUUUGGUGGUCUUGGGAUGGGCGUCAGUUACGCAGCAGUUGCAAAGGUUGUGGUUAGAUGGGUUGUGCGCUUUAGUGAGCGCUAUACUACAUUCCUGCGAGGGCUGCUUCCCCGCCGAUCUUCGGGUUUGUCCAAAGAAAAAUUGGAGUUUUUCUCACGUCCACCUCUUCCUGUUGCAAACCCCUUCAUCACACAUCGAAGUCAACCAUUAUCAGUGAACUCUCAAUACAGUGAUGGCUCGGACGAUGAUUCCAGUCCAAGUUCUCAAGUCAACCCGAUAAACAGGGAUAUAGUAGACUCCAAUACCGAACGCCCUCGUGUGAACUCAUGCGAUUUGAUAAGCCACUUGUUCUUUGCAAGAAUGGAGGCAUAUACAGCGCUGGAGAAAUACUUGGGUGAGCUAGCGGUUACGGGACAACGAAAUGAUACCCUGGAUCUGCUCAGGAAGGAGGGUGCUCGAUGGUGGCCGAAGAGCGUGUAA